AGAAAAACCGCACCCACACGCCUGCGCUACGUUCACGAUCACAAACACAGGUCCACGAACGCCUCGACAAACAUCACAUAUGGUGGGACCGGUCUUGUUAGCGGCAUUUUAUGAUACGGCUAGAUUUACAGUUUGUUCGUCAAGCUGGUGCAAAUAUUUAACUCAUCGCACAACUGGUUCACAACUGUAAACAAAGAGUCCCGGGCCGGUUGCAAACUAGAUUGGAACUAAGCAUGGCCUCUCGAGGGAAAUCAGAAACUGGGAAAUUGAGGCAAAAUAUGGAAGGGCAACUUGACAGACUGAUGCAGCAGCUUCAGGAUCUGGAGGAAUGCAGAGAGGAUCUGGACGAGGAAGAGUAUGAGGAGACAAAAAAAGAAACCCUGGAACAGUUGAGUGAAUUCAACGACUCCCUGAAGAAGAUCAUGACGGGAGACAUGACCCUUGUGGAUGAGCUCAGUGGAAUGCAGCUGGCAACCCAGGCAGCCAUCAGUCAAGCUUUCAAAACGCCAGAGGUGAUCCGACUGUUUGCUAAGAAGCAGCCGGAACAGCUGAGAACCAGACUAGCAGAGAUGGACCGAGAUGUGAUCGUGGGGAAACUGUCGCGGGACGUGUACACGCAGCAGAAAAUGGAAAUCCUCACAGCCCUGAGGAAACUGGGAGAGAAGCUCACUUCAGAGGACGAGACAUUUCUCACUGAAAAUGCCACAGCUACUCUGAGCCAGUUUGAAAAAGUGACUGCAAACCUAGGCUCCGAAGACAAAAUUCUGGCUUUAGCUAGCUCUGGUGUGAAAACCAAGGCAUAGCAAUUCUACUAAAUGUUGACUCUGUGUCUUUAAUACUACCAAGAAAGAAAUGUGCCAAUUGAUCAUUGCUUUUGUAAAUAAUCGGUGCACUUCUAGGUGUUGCUGUAGAUGCCAACACCUGUAUUUUUUUUUUUUUAUAGCUCUCAGUUUUUGCAAAUGUCCUUUUAUUUAUCCAGUGGCUUGUGAAAUUGUAUUAUAGGUAGAAGCAUGUGAUUUUCGCAAUAUGAAGACAUGGACAUGAAUGUAAAAGUGCUGUAUUUCUGAUUGGGUUGCUGUAAAACCUGACAAUUCAACAUUGUUGUUAUAAUAUAUAAAAAUAUUGAAUUUCAA